AUGCAGGCACGGUUGCAGGGGUUGGAGGUCAUACGGCCAAAAUCUUUGAAAAGUAAGUGGAUACAAGAAAGUCUAACAAACAAUUCCUGCAGAAUUAUUGAAAAUCAUGGAACUCUAGUAGUUUCAAAAACGCAAUCUGCAACCCACGCUGCAAAGGUAUUCAAAAGGAUACGAACGUUUCUGACGAAUACGGAUUUCGAUGAAGGAGUAUCAACAGUCAUCGGCAAAUGGAGGCCUAAACGAUAUUCGGGUGCUUGGACGUUCAUUAUGAUACUCGGUUUGUUCACUAAUGGGCAAUCAAAACUUCCAUUAAAUGACAUAUUAGAACGCUACGAGGAACUAAGAGCCCGUAUACCAAAUUCUAAACUUACACAAUUCAGCUUCUUAAGUGACCUUAUCGAUCGAUCUAUCGUGGAUUUCGAAUUACCAGACUAUAUGGGACAUGCAAUGGAACCCCAAGGCGGAGAUACAAUAGCAUUUGUAUCCAAAAAUAAAAGAUUAUACAAAUAUGGAUUAACUAAAGUUGGAAAGAAAUUAGCUCAAGAGAUCAUUUCAGCAUGUGAUAUACCAAUAUCAACAAAUGAAAGAGGAGAAAACGUAUUCUCACAGCUACAGCAAUCGCAAGAACAAUCGCAAGGACUGCGUGAAAUGGAGCAGGAAAACGCCGAUGGUAGUAACGCAUCUAACUCAAGCGAUGAUAUAAGUGAUUUCACUCUGGAUGUAGACGAUAGAAUUGAAGAAAGGGUAGACUUUGCAACGGCAAUCGAAUCCGAUCAUCUCAUGAUUCCAGACUCACAUGUGGAAGCACAGCAACCAGUUUUACAAACUGAAGGUAGCACACAAUCACCUAUAAGCAAUUUGCUGGAACGAUAUUCCUACCCUGGUACUGCUACAUCAUCCGAUGCCGCUAACAGAAGCGUGGAAAUGUUGAACAUAUACAAAACACCAGAAGUCAACCUAGUAGACGACACAUUAAGCCCCAAGGAAAUGAAUUCUCAAACCAACCGAGAUGAAGCCAUUGGAGCUGACGAAUCUAAUGACAAGGACUUCUCUAAAGAUGCCUCGUUGUUCACGCCAAACAGAUGUCAUACACAACCAUUGGCAAAGGAUCAACAACCAAUCUCCAUCUCGGAACAUACAACCGAUCUCAAGGAUGCUGCCUUGACGUCGGAUCACAAAACACCAGAACCAUUAGCCAACAAAGAAGUAGUAGGAAACCUGGUCCAAGGUCCAAAAUCGGAUACGUCGAUGAACCAUGUGGCAUACCACAAUAGUCUUGGUGAUCUGUCAGGCUCAUAUUCACCUGCUGCGCAUAAAUACGUUAACAGCACCGGCAAAACAACCAGGAGCAGCGAAAAAACCGAAAGUGGGAUUAAUGACCAUGAAGCUAUGGGUGACGUAAAAUACCCAUAUGAGGGGCUUGCAGACCAAUACUAUAACCAAGAAAAUGCAGCUGAUAUUACAUCUGACAGAUAUCGUAAUCUCAUGGACGUUUACGACGAUCUGUCGCAGUGCUAUAGUCAAAAAAGCGAAUAUGGCCAUGAACAGACGCAGUACCCAGCAACGCCCCCUGCAAAGCGUACAAACAAUACUCCUGCCAACAUCCAGAUAAACUGGGAGCCUAACGAACUCAAAGUGGAAAAACAUAAGGACGAAUUACGCCACAAGGACGAGGUAUGUUUGGUACAUGACGAUCCUAACAAAAUAUUACAGCAACUAGACAUAAAGACAACACCUAGGAUUGAACUAGUCACACCCAAAGGGGUGCAUAUAGAAAGUAUAGAUGACGAUAGUGACACAUCAUCGAAGUCCGAUACAGGAGUCUCAUCUUACGAGAGGUUCACACCGCUGACGCAGAGGUUAAGGCAGCGACAUGGGAUUGACAAUGAAUACGUUUCUUCAGAGUAUGAAGUGGUUACUGUGGUGGACAACAGGGAAUUGCAUGAUGCCGACGGCAGGUACCGAAGGCGCAUAAUGGAAUUGUUUGCUGCCAGCGGCAAAACGGUUCUUUUCAGACAACUACCACUAGGAGAUGUAAUAUGGGUUUUGAGACGUAAGACGGAAGCUGUUGAACCCGAAAUGUAUAGCACGGACCGAAGCGGCGCUUCAGUAACCGGGAAACAAUCUGCUGCCGACCUUGACUAUGACAAGGUUGGGGCGGCUGUAUCAUCGAAAGAGCAAUCCGAUGCUGUGAAAACCCCUUCAACAACGCCAAAGCGAACCCCCAAAAGCAGAAAACGUACACAAUCGACGGAUAACCUUAGCGAUGCAUAUGUCCUGGAAUGGGUACUCGAACGGAAAACAACAGCAGAUCUUGCCGCAAGCAUAACGGAUGGAAGAUAUGAUGAACAAAAGAUCCGUAUGUUGAGAUUGGUAGGGUUCAAACAUGUAUGUUACGUAUUUGAGGACAUCGAUCUGGGUUCCGCCAUCUCACGGGCUAACGCACUAGGCAAAAGGGUCAACGCAGCAGCCAUACAAUCAGCACGGAUCCACACGCAAAUGGUCACCGGGUUUAAUGUGCUCCGUACCACAGGAAUGCCUCAUACAGCGGCAAACAUACUGGUUCUACACACGCACAUCGAACGAUGUCUACACGAGCAUAUGCGCCACUCUAUCGCAACGUCUGCAAGACAGUUUAAAGAUUACAUGGAAAGCCAAUAUAUGACAUUCGCACAAUGGGAGUUGAAGAACCGGAAACAAAACCAAAUGACAUUCAAGGAACUAUUUGGCAGACAACUAAGGGCAAUACCCGGUUGCGGAGCUAACACCACACAAGCAAUAUUGGAAGCCUGGUCGACACCAUGUGCGUUUGCACAAGCUCUAAACGGUUCGAACCUAGCCCAUAUCAACGGGAAACUUCUGCAAUUCCUAACAAACGUGAAACGAAUGCCAGUCACGAAUACGGUUAGUCCCGCUUUAUACAAAUACAUUAUGUUACAGCUCUAUUCACUGUACAAGAAGUUAUAUGCCAAGGAAUGGGGUCAACAACAGCAACACCCUUAA